AUGGGUCUUGAAACAAUUUACCCUUUGGCCCUUUUUUCCAUUAUCCUCUACAUCAUUGUGACACAAAAACUAAGGAGGAACCUCAAGAAAAAUGACUCAAUUCAAAAUAUACCACCAGGGCCAUGGAAGCUACCUAUCGUAGGAAAUAUACCCCAUCUUGUUGGGUCUGCACCACACAGAAAAUUAAGAGAAUUGGCGGAAAAGUUUGGACCCUUGAUGCAUCUUCAACUGGGUGAGGUCUUCUUCAUUGUUGUUUCCUCACCAGAGUAUGCUAGGGAGGUCAUGAAAACCCAUGAUGUUAUCUUUGCAUCAAGGCCUCCUUCUCUAACUUCACAGAUAGUGUUCUAUAAUUCCACAGAUAUAGCAUUUUCACCUUAUGGUGAUUACUGGAGGCAGCUUCGAAAGAUUUGUACCAUGGAGCUUUUAAGUAUAAAACGUGUCCAAUCUCAUUGGCCAAUCAGAGAGGAAGAGAUUACUAAUCUCAUCAAACGGAUUGGUUCAGAAGAAGGAUCAGUCAUCAAUCUUACUCAAGCAGUUAUAUCACUGUUGUAUACAAUAACUUCAAGGGCUGCAUUUGGAAAGAAAUACAUGGAGCAAGAAGAGUUCAUAUCAGUGGUAAGAGAGGUUUUAAAGCUAGCUGGUGGUUUCUACAUUGGAGACUUGUUUCCUUCAGCUAAAUGGCUUCAAAACCUCUCUGGGAUGAGGCCUUUGCUUGAGAAGUUACACCAAAAAGUAGACAGGAUAUUAGAGAAUAUCAUCAAUGACCACAGAGAGGCAAAGUCAAGAACUAAAGAAGGUCUAGUUGAAGCAGAGGAGGAAGAUCUCAUUGAUGUUCUCUUGAAAUUUGAGGAUAGGAGCAGUGACAGGGAUUUUCUCUUAACUAAUGAAAAUAUCAAGGCUAUAAUCUUUGAUAUCUUCACAGGUGGAAGUGACACUGCUGCAACUACCAUUAACUGGGCAAUGGCUGAGAUGAUAAAGGAUCAAAGAGUCUUGAAGAAAGCACAAUCUGAAGUGAGAGAGAUAUUUGAAAGGAGAGGAAGGGUUGACGAAAGUUGUAUUGAAGAGCUCAAAUACUUGAAAGCAGUCAUCAAAGAGGUUCUGAGAUUACACCCUCCAGGUCCACUUUUGAUUCCCAGGGAAUGUGGACAAGCUUGUGAGAUUAAAGGGUAUCACAUACCUGUCAAAAGUAGGGUCAUAGUGAAUGCUUGGGCAAUUGGAAGAGAUCCAAAUUAUUGGACUGAACCAGAGAACUUUUAUCCUGAGAGGUUUAGUGAUAAUCCUAUUGACUACAAAGGAACUAGUUUUGAGUACAUCCCAUUUGGUGCUGGAAGGAGAAUAUGCCCAGGCAUGAACUUUGCUGUUGCAAAUGUUGAGUUGGUUCUUGCAAUGUUAUUGUAUAACUUUGAUUGGAGACUUCCCAAUGGAAUGAAAAGUGAGGAUUUGGACAUGGCUGAGGUAUUUGGAGCGUCUGUUAUUAGAAAAGAAGACCUGUACUUGCUUCCCAUCGCUUCUCCAACCACGCUUCGCUCGCAGCGCGAGAACACUGCCUUCCUCGCAUCGUCUUGCACUAACAACACGAACCAUGGCGCUCGUGGAUCAAAUUGCCCACAUGUGGCGACCACUCUGGAAGCUGUGCAAAGGGAGUUGACCAUUAGUCGCCAGGCUAAUGAAACGUUGUUGAAGACUAAUGAGGAUGCGCAGAAUGCUAUGACCGCGAUGAUGAAUGAAUUGAGGACACUGAGGAGUGCUAGACAUGAUAACAGACCACCUACUCCUCCUCCCCACACUGCCACACCUACUCCACAUACUCUCCAUGUAGAUGGUGGAGCGGGUAACAAUGAAGAAGGGGCUAGUCACCAUGAUAAUGGCUCUAGUCAUCAUAUUAUGGUUCAUCAACCGCAUGUGCAACAUGUUGGUGGGCCAGACGCGGAUGAAAGGCGAUUGACUGCUUUUCGGAAACACAAACUUCCAUCCUUCACUGGAGGCUAUGAUCUGGUGAUGAGAUGCCCUGAUGCAUUGAAGUUGGUUUACUCAGUGUACAUGCUUGAAGGCGAGGUCGAGGAUUGGUGGACGAACACCGUGCAACCGUUGGAGGCUGAAGGCCAGGAAAUCACCUCGCAGUUGUUUGAGACUUUGUUCUUGAAUAACUACUAUCCCAGGGAGGCUAGGGAAAGGAAGCAAAAUGAGUAUAAUGAUUUGAAGCAAGGAUCGAUGACCAUUGACCAAUAUUUUGCCAAGUUCAAUGAAUUGGUGAAGUAUGCUCACUACGGGAGAGCCCUACCUACUUCAGCCGAGAUGACCUCCAAGUUUCAAUUGGGUCUAAAUGAGAAAAUGUCUCGGAAAAUGUCUAAUUGCGAUAUCCGUGAGUUUAGUAAGUUUGUGAACCAAUGCCGGAAAGUAGAAGAAGUUUAUAGUGUGACUAAGACCAAGAAGCCUUCAAAGGCACAAGCAUCUAGUGCAAGUAGAGCAACUGGCUCAAAUUCUUGGAAAAACAAGAAAAUGAAAAGUAAGAAGCUGAGUAAACCAAAGGCAAAGGUGAUGGUGCUUACCACCAAGGCUUGGAACAGAGACAAUGGUGCUCUUGGAGCUCACCACUCAGCCCCAAUGUUCAGACUACAAAGGUCCACGUAA